GGCACCCUCAGCUCUGGUUUGUAGUCCGCCAUUAAACUGAAGAAGAAGAGAAAGAAUGAGUGACGUCAGACACGCGCGACAGAGUCCACAGAAUAACACACGUGUGUUUUGGCUCGCGCAGAAACCCAGUGCUAGUCCCAGUUGGCUUCACUCAGAAACCCAGUCCCAGGCCCAGUUGGCUUCACUCAGGAACCCGGUCCCAGGCCCAGUUUGCUUCACUCAGGAACCCGGUCCUAGGCCCAGUUGGCUUCACUCAGGAACCCGGGCCCAGGUCUCUUACUCGGGUUGUGAUGGCGGACACGAGCCGCCUGUGCACCGUGUUCCUCGGCUCGGAGACCGGCAUCCUGAAGGGGGUCAGUCUGUCCCGGAAGCAGGCCUUUAACUUCUGCAACACUCAGCACCUGAGCCGGGAUCAGGAGGUUCGGGUCCUGUGCUGGGGGGACUCGACAGAGAGCGAGCUGCUGUUGGGCUCCAGGGACGGGACCGUGAAGACCUUCAGCACCGAGAAGGGUUCCUUCACAGAGACCCGGAGCUGCGGAGACCCGCAAGGCGGCUGCUUCACCGGGCUGGCCAUCACAGCGGGGGGGCUGGUCACCUGCGUGGAGACCGGGACCCUCAGGGUGUGGCGGGAGGGCAGCAGCGAGCCGGCGGCGGAGCUGGACGCCGGGAAGAGUGUGUGCCGGAUGCGUCAGAGCGCAGCGCAGCGGAACAAGGUCGCCACGGGGGGAAAGGAGAACGGGCUAAAGAUCUGGGACCUGGAGCAGCCCCAGAGCCCCCCCCUGUUCUCUGCCAAGAACCUGCGGGACAACUGGCUGGACCUCCGGAGGCCGCAGUGGGUCCGGGACCUGGCCUUCAUCCCCGACUCGGAGAAGGUGGUCACCUGCACGGGUUACCAUCAGGUCCACGUGUUCGACCCCUCCUCCCCCCAGCGCCGGCCCGUCCUGGAGAUGGAGUUCGGGGAGCACCCGCUCACCGCCCUGGCGCUACCGGCCAGCGGCAACACGGUGGUUGUGGGGAACACGCAGGGCCAGGUGGCGAUGCUGGACCUGAGGAAAGGCCUGGUCUGCGGCGUCCUGAAGGGGCUGGCGGGGGGGGUGCGGGCGCUGCAGUGCCACCCCUCCCUCCCCAUCGUGGCGUCCUGCGGCCUCGACCGCUUCUUGCGCAUCCACAGCCUGGAGGACCGCACGCUGCAGCACAAGGUCUACCUGAAGUCCCGCCUCAACUGCCUGCUGCUCGCCAGCCGGGAGGACGGGGGCGGGGCUGCGGCGGCAGGGGGGGAGGUGAAGAAGGAGGAAGAGCGGGGAGAGGACGACGAGGUCUGGGAGGCCAUGGAGAGGGUGGAGGAGCAGCCAAAGAGGAAAACUACAACAGAAGAGGAAGAGGAGGGUGUGCAAAAGAAGAGCAAGAAGAAGAGGAAGAAGGGACAAGACUGAGGGGCGUUUGAGGCCCGGUCACAGUGUGGGACAUUUGAAUGCUGUGAGGCUGAAAAACUCAGAGACGUCGCUACAAAUGUGUUUUGUAAUAUUUUGUCUUUAUUAAAAACAGUAUGUACCCGUUAAGCUCUUCCGCUCUUCUUCUAGAGAAACAGAACACUGGCUCUCUACUAAACGUUGUUAUUCUCUAGCUAUUUCUGCUGAAAUUGAGGUAAAUUAGCUGUAAAAUGCAGUAUAACUAUAUAUCUAUAUAUAUACAGCAUAAAAAUAUACAAUAAAAAGCCUGUUCUGAUCGUU